AAGGCGGGCCCAGGCCAACGGAGGAGAGCAAAGAUGGCGGCGGAGGUGGCCGCUGCCUCAGGAGCGCCGGAGGAGGCUGCGGGGCCACAGCGGGCGACGACGGCCGCGCGAGGGCAUUCCUGAAAGGGGGGAAAAAAGCGCGCUAAGGGCCGGAAUCGUGCGCGGAAGAAGAGAUUCAAGGACUGGGGGGGGCUCAUGCGCCGCGGAGGUCGCCUCCGUCGCCCGCACCUCAAGCACCGACAAGAAGACAUCCCAGCCGGCUCUGAGGCGACCGAGCGAGGCUGAGAAGUAAAGCAGGCGAGGCUCGGAAGCCUUAACGGGGAGGCGGCGGCGGCGGCAGCAUGAAGUUCGCCGAGCACCUUUCCGCACACAUCACUCCGGAGUGGCGGAAGCAAUACAUCCAGUAUGAGGUACCUGAAAGGCUCUUCUUCGGCGGCGGCGGCCGGGUGGUGGUGGUGGUGGUCACAGAUGAAGAUACCGUAAAGAGAUAUUUUGCCAAGUUUGAAGAAAAGUUUUUCCAAACUUGUGAGAAGGAGCUUGCCAAAAUCAACACAUUUUAUUCAGGUAAGUCAUCUUUUGGUCCAUCAGAUUCCACAGUGGUAACCAAUGAAUUGGAAGAUGGUGACCGACAGAAAGCCAUGAAACGAUUACGUGUCCCACCACUAGGGGCAGCACAGACAGUGGCCCUAGCAGCUUUACAGCUGCAAGACAGCUUCUCCAUUGAAGAAAGUUUUUCAAAUCUAAAUUUCACAGGAUUCCGUAAGAUUUUGAAGAAACAUGAUAAGAUCCUGGAGACACCACGAGGAGCUGAUUGGAGAGUGGCUCAUGUUGAAGUGGCUCCUUUCUAUACUUGCAAGAAAAUCAAUCAGCUCAUCUCUGAAACAGAGACAGCCUGCACCAGCAUGGACAACAUUCAGGGUCGGAUUGUUCUGUGGAAUAUUCAUUGUGCUAAAUAUCACCCUCAUUCUUUCAGGUAGGCGUUCAUAUUUGCAACACCUAUGCUUAUGGUGUGCGUGCAGUUGUUCAAUGCAUUCCUGCUUGGCUGAGAUUUGUCCAGUGCCUGCGCCGAUACCGUGAUACUAAGCGAGCCUUUCCCCAUCUGGUUAAUGCUGGGAAAUACUCCACCACAUUUUUUAUGGUGACAUUUGCAGCCCUUUACAGCACCCACAAAGUUCAAAAACACAACGACUACCAAGUAUUCUUCUAUUUGUGGAUUGUCUUCUACUUCAUUAGUUCCUGCUAUACUCUUAUCUGGGACUUGAAGAUGGACUGGGGUCUUUUUGACAAGAACGCCGGUGAAAAUACUUUCCUCCGGGAAGAGAUUGUAUACCCACAAAAAGUGUGUAUAUGGACAGUGUUUAUUUGGAAAUGUUUAUUUCUUUGUCAUUCCUUUGGGGAGAAGUGGAAAAUUGAUUUUCCUUAUAAAAUACAUGUAUGCAUUAGUGUUAGUCUAUGUUAAUAUCUUCAAAUCUUUGUUUUAGCUGCUUAUUAUCUUCCACUUUUCAGGCGGUUUGUGUGGAAUUUCUUCCGAUUAGAGAAUGAGCAUCUGAAUAACUGUGGUGAGUUCCGAGCUGUCCGGGAUAUUUCAGUGGCACCACUGAAUGCAGAUGAUCAGACCCUGCUUGAACAGAUGAUGGACCAGGAGGAUGGUGUCCGAAACCGCCAGAAAAAUAGACCUUGGAAGCGUAGCCAGAGUGUGUCUUUGCACAGACCACAACUUGCUUCACAGUCAAAGAUUCAUGACACCAAAGUAUUAAUAGAAGACACAGAUGAUGAAGCAAACACAUGAACUGUCCCCAGGGUCAAGUUCCGCAUCCCUCAUGUUCUUUUGAUUUAUUACCUUCCCAACCGCAACAGCCACCCAGCCCAUCCCUCUGGUAUAGUUCCAGCUAAAAACAGGAGAAAAAUCCGAACACAUUUUCUGAGCUCUUCCGGACUGGUUCCUAUGGACUCCAACAAGCUCACUGUGUUUUCCUUUCUUUUCUUCUGGUUUUAAUUUGAUUUCUUGUUUUAAAAAAUAUAUAAAAUCUAACUUCGUUUUGCCAAUCAGAGGGACAUUUAAGGAAGGAGCUGUCUUAAGGAUUGUUUACAAUCUCUUCAAGGACAUACAAUCUGGAUGAAGGAAGCAUCAUUUUGGACUCCCUAACGGGGACUUUUAACUGAGAAAUCAUUCGGUCUCUGCUCAGUCCAGUUUUUACUGGUUGAAACUGGACCAGCGUUUUUAACUCUGGCUCUCGCUCUCUGGUUUUUUGGUGUUUUCUUUCAUAUCCAGCGCCAACGCACUAGCUGCACUUGCCGGGAAAGUGCACUUAGAGCAGUACCUUCAUUCACGAAGCUACUUUUUAAUUUGGUGUUUAACUUUCUUAUUAUUAUUUUUUUGAAAUAUGAUGUAUUUGUUGCACAUAGUUUUCAUAUUAUUUAUGAUAGUUAACCUUAUGAGAAUGGUUUUCUGAGUCCUGUGCAAUGAAGGUGGUAACUCUUUUAAAAAGAAAAAGAAAAAAAGGCAAGUGGUUGGGGAGAAGGGGAUGUAGAUCCUGGAUCUCUCUCUCGCUGCAAGGUUAAGCCCUUUAAAAUACCUCUUUGAGAGAACUUGCACCAGCUUAACCUGAUUAUUAUUUUUUUAUUUUUAUUUUUUUCUUCUUCUUAUUGAUUGAUUUUAAGCCAAAGUCGCUCUGUUGAGUUUUAUUGCUGCUGCUGCUGCUGGUCCCGUAGAAAUCUUGUCACCUUCCUUAGCUGGAUCUUCUUUGUACGUGUGCCUGCACAGAAAUAAUAACCACAAUCUCCAGAUUUCUGUUGGAAAAAAAGAAUCUAGAGAUAAUCCGAUGUAGUCCGUCAGAUAUCCAUGCAAGAAAAGCCUUAGUUUGUACAUUUAAGAAUGGUUUUCAUUUUAGUGAGCUGAGUCUCCAGGACAUCAUCCCAUUUUUAAAUAGGGAGUUCCUGUUAUGUAUGGAUCAUUCACUUCAGCUAAAAAAUAGAGAAAAAUAAAACUGAUUGAGACAGAGGUCUGUCUUGUAGUGGAUGUAGGAUUACUUAUUCAGCAGUAUAUAUACUGGGUUCAGGCAGACACUCAACAGCUUGUCAUUUCUGUCAUCCAGAGACUCUGUAGUCUCUGAAUAUUGAGAAAGUUGGUAUUGCUAUAGAAAGGGCUCUUUAAUUUUUUCAAUAAAUAAAAUAUUUUGCCGUACUUUGGCAAAAACUUGACUGACAAUCACUGUCCAAGAACAUCCUCAGGUUAACUUUUGUUUCAUUUUUUAAACCUACCUGCCCCAAGUCCUAGAUUUCCAGUGUGGUGCUAGGCCCGACUUCUACAAGCAUUAUGAGUGGCACUGCUAAUUGGACUUACGGUAGAUGAUCAUACACUUUAGUAAACCCUUUUAAAAAAAUGUUUAUCAGUUGAUUAUUAUUAUUUUUUAAUUCCAUAUUGGCCUCCAGCAUCCAUAGGAUAGAGCAGCAUGAAUGCUUAAGAUGACCACUCCCUCUCCUUGUAGUAGAAAGCCUGUGUUGUGUAUGCCAAGCAUUUGUACUUCAUAUUAGCAAAUGAAAGCUUAUCGUACUCUGUUACACAAUGUGUGCAUCUGUGAGAUCACCACCCUAUGAUGGGAGAAGCUAUUUCAGAUUUUCUUAAGUCUGAUACUGAUAUAGGAUUUCACAGCAAGGACUGUGUUGUUCUUGUUUAGGUUUUUAGAUGGUGUUAGUUCCUUUCUCCUGUACAAUCUCCUUUGGUUUGCAAGCAUUUUAAGCAAAGAGGAUUCCUCUUUUAUCUUUCCCCCCCCUUUCGUUUCCAAGUUAAUAAUCUUGUCUAUAAUAAUUUAUUUCGUUAUUUUUAUCUUUCAAGCCAUUCACAAGACUUACUUUGUAAAGCAACUGUGACUUAAAAAUAGUAUGCAUAACGUGCCUGUAGCCAUAAGGACCUAGACAACAAAUUCCUGGCAAGACAAAUUAACUACAAAUCAGGACUCCUUGACAGGCAAGAGAGCUGUAGAAUGAAACUUUAAAUCACAGUUAUUUUUUAUUGUGCUUUAACUUGGUAGAAGAUUUAGGACAUUGUGGUCGUAAUGCAAGUAGAUCUUGGAGUUGUACAUUAUUUGUGCUUCUGCAGUGUAGCAGUUAUUACUUGGUAUUCUAGUACCAGGCUGUUCUAGUAGAAAAGUUGGAUUUUGGAGUCCCACUAAGCUGUUUUGUAACAAAAUGAGUCUGAAAUUCAAUGAGAGGUGGGGUUUUUUUUUUACAUAUUAUAAUAAGACUACUACUGAACUUUAUGUGAAUAAUGGCAACUACUUACACAUUCAGUUAAACAAAUAUGAGAGGUCAUUCUACCUAAGGAAUGUUAAUCUGAAUAAAUCAUGCGUCCUCUAAAUUCUUCCAGCCAAAGACAUAUAACAGGGAAAGAUUUAUUCAGGAUAUACUGAAGAAUUCUGACGUUUGAGGUUUAAGCAGAAGGAAUAACCUGAUGGUGGAAAUUUAGAAGUACCAGCAAUCUGAAAUAAUUUGCCUAUCAGAUUAGGAAGAUUAUAUAUGACACAAUCAAUAUUUUUUUUCACACCACCAUCAUCUGACUGAAAAAGAUCGCUGCCUUGUGCAGAACACAACAUUUUACACGGAGGUAUUAAGUGAAGUUCCAGAUUUAAAUUUAUAUUUAGGGAACUUGACUAACUUUCAUAAAUUGUAUGUUGAGGUUUGUUGUUUUUUUUUUUAAUCUAUGUAAUGAUUAGCCAAGUUCAUUAACUAAGCUUCCCCUCCCCUCCAGGGUGCUGUCAUCAAAAAGCCCUAGAUUGAAUUGAAUUACAUAUAUGGGGAAAAAUGUGUGUCCUAAAGAAUUUGUGCUUGGUAGCCCGAUUUCAGAAAUUGAGACCUUUUAAUGUAAAGUUUCAUCUCCAGAGUUCACUUUAUUUUCCUGUUGGUGGUUAGUGCAGAAUUGUUCGUUAAAACCAGUCUACCUGAAUUUCUUGUGUAGAAAGCUUUUAGAAUCACUAAAAUGGAAUAUUGAAACAGCUAGGAUACUGCUUCCAUUUUCCUGGAGUAUAGAGAAAUGCCAUGUAAUUAGCAAAAAAAUAUUUAGAAGAUUUUUUUUUUCCUCACAGAGUUUAAGACCUGAUAGAAGAGUUGAUGCUUUUGGCCUUUUCCAUGUCUGGCAAAUGGAUUUAAUGUAGCGUUACAUAAUGGUUAGAUUUUUCUUUGCCCUAAAUAACGGGGCGGGGAUAAAAGAAAGCUAUACGAACCUCUUGGAAAUUAAUGACUUUCUUAAGCGGUUAACUAUUUUAGAAAUGGAAUGGAAUUGACGCUCUGCCAAGAAGACUGUAGAAGAAGCAUCUUUGUGAGGUUAUGCAGAAGUACUUUGCUGCUUUUUGGUCUCCUCUUCCAAAGUAGUUUUUCUUUGUUUUGUCAGAGAAGAUGAAUUUGUUAGAUUUGAAUUAAAGCAUCUCCCUUGCUCUUUGUCCAUUCUCUAUAAAGGUUACAGAGUUGUGGAGGGUAGGAAUCUUGCAAUGAGUUUAGGCUUUAUUCUGAGCAGUAAAAAAAAAAAACCUCCUUUAUUUUCAUUCUUUGCUUUUUAUUACCUGAUUUCUUUAUUUUUUUGAUUGACAGAAGCAAGUGUGCUUUGUAGGAAACUGAAAAGCUCGCAUAUUGGAAGUUAAAAGCAUGUGUUCAGGAAAAAGUAUAUAAUUCUGGUAUCUUAUGAAGGAAAUUCCAUUGUGUUUUUCUGGACUUUGGCUUGAAAUUGAUCACAAGCCUACAGGGAAGUAAUAGUAGUAGAAGAAGCUUUGUAUAGAUCAUUUUCUUUUAAAAUAUUUUAAAAACAAUUUCAUUAAGGAAGACCGUAUUUCCCCCUCCCCACAGAAAAAACCCCUUCAUUGGACAAAAAUGUGUCCAGUGUAUUUAUUUUCUGUGGAGAAGCGGUGUGCCUAAAUUAAGCAAUGUAUUCAGCAUCUAGAUCAGUGUUUCUCAACCUUAGCAACUUGAAGAUGUCUGGGAGUUGAAGUCCGGACAUCUUCAAGUUGCCAAGGUUGAGAAACACUGAUCUAGAUAUUUCUAAGCUUCUUCAAGAGAUGCACAUCAACAUUUUUAAUCCAUGAUUGUGUUCUCAUAUUUUCGUUUUCAAGGAAGCCUUAUUGAUAAGGCCUCUAAUCUUAUAGUAUCACAAAUUUGCAAAGAGCAGGGAAGAAAAAUGUAAUUUAGCUAGGAAGAUUUCCUGUUGAUAUAUAUAUAACAAAUUUGAUCUCUUGACUAAUACCACUUUCCUCUAAGGGUCAUAAAAAAGCCAGAAGGCAUAAAUUGAAAUUCUAGAUUUUAGAACCUACUACUAUAGUUAGAUCCAGAAUCAUGCAAUUGGUAAAACAAUGUUUUCCUUUUCUAACCACCAAUCCAGAGUUGGGCAACUACAUUAGUCCCCUAUAUCAUUUUUGUUAAAUCUUUCUGUAAACCAGUUGUGUUAGAAGAAAUUGUCCUGACUUACUAAGAUUUGUUUUUUUUUUUAACACUGGUUAUUAAAAAGGAAGAAAGAUUUAUUUUUUGAGGGGGAGCCGUUUUUAUGCUUUUAAUAUCUUCUAUAUUUUUUCUGCUACUUAUAUGAAUAAGAGUAACUUAACACAAGACCCUAACAAUGUUGCCAAAAUAUUUAUGUUAGUUCUGAUUGGAAGGUGUGCAUUUGGAUAUAUCCUUCUUCCAAAUCUUUAUUAACUCAAUGUCGGAACUCAAUGUGGGAAAAUCACAUUUUUCCUUUCUUUACACUGCUGUAAUAGGUAGAGUAAAGGAGCUAUAGGUUUAUAACUGGGCUAUGAACUGCAGUCUUCAUAUCUGAAUAUGCCAAUAGGUUAGUCCAUUUACCAUGCUAAACUCUAAAUUAUCUCCACCAUGUUUAAGCCUUCGGCCUUACACUGUUAAGAAUUCUUCAAAAAGUGAUUGGAGAUGGCAAUGAGCUUGCCUUUUUGAGAUCCAACUUUGCCCUGCUGCUAUAUUGAGAUAUAUCUCAUUCUCGUUUUUCACCUUAUUGGUGUGUUGCUCUAAAUAAUGAUUAUAUAUUACAAAACCCCAAGCUGUAGGUGUCAAAAGUAACUAUGGAAUGUGAUAUAGUCCUCUUGUGGGUGCUUUUCUCUUUUACUUUAUUCCUUUUCUCUAUCCCCUUUUCCACUCCUCUCUUGGAUCAGUGGAAAAUGUGGAGAAAAAAAAAAAGACUUGCCGCUUGCUUGGACUCAUAAUGAUGUUUUCUGUGAUUGCGCUUUUAGCUGUCUCCUCCCCCCUCCCCUACUCUCCCCCCCCCCCAAUGGAUAUAAGACUUUUUCUGAAGUGUGGAAUUAACUUUCUUGAUAAGUAGGUUUAAAAAAUGCACAAUGUGGUACUGUUUCAUAGUUCUUAGAUGGUUGUAUAAAAAGAGUUAAUGUGGUUUGUGCUUUAAAAGGAAUAAGUGAUUGAUUUAUUAAUCUGUCUUUUUCAUUAUUACAAGCUUUGUUUUCCAAUGA